AUGACCUCCACCAGCGCAGAACUUACUGAGCAUCCUAAUAAGGCAUCAAAAUCCGACAUUGGGAGCAGGAUCGAAGAAGAUCAGAUAGGUGGUGUCAAGGACGCGAGCACCCGAAUCACUUUUGCCUGUUCUUCCGUACUACCCAAAGACGGCAUUGGCCUAGAACCGGCAGUCCAUAUGGACCACUCCGUAUCGAAUGAUUGGUUUCAACCUGGAGUCGGUGGUACUCCGAACAUACCGGCCGAACUCUCCAACUCUCAUGAACACUGUGACAUUAUCAACAGUGCUAAUUCAGAAAAGAAGCAUGCGGAGAAAUACUCCUCCAAUAUCAAUGGUUCUCCACAUGGCAUUGAAUAUCAGAUAUGGGCUUAUCCAUCAAAUAUUGGGUCAAGCUCAGCAUGCGAGCACACGGAUGAUAAAGCAUGUGCCAAACGUCAUGACAACGAACAAAAGAGUGCAGUCCAUACCGCGGAGGACGAGUCAGCACAGCCCGAGCCGCUCUGCAAGUCUACAUCUAGCAAUACUCAGGAAAUAUUAGAAGAUAAGCAUCCUUCUUCAACGGCACCAUGUACUCGUGCACGCUUAUCGGACUACGGUCGGAAUGGGGAAAGAUUGGAUGCCGAGACCAAGCAAAACCCGGCUCAACUCAUUCUUUCAGAGCUGGGUUUGAACACAGGAGUUUGCAGGUAUUCUGACUCUCCUGUGACAUCGGUGCAUGGUCUUGAAGCAAGCCUUGUUCCAGCGCUUCAAACAGCCACAACCGGACUACUGCUGCAGAACCCUAUAACUUCUCAACAUGGUGCUACACCACGUACGGAUGCCUGGCCCCCGAAUCAUUAUGAGAAUAGUGCGCAUAACUAUUCUCAGUCAAGUGGAAAUAUACCACCGCCAGGGAACGAAGAGUUUCCCAGUAUGCAGGGUUUCAUGCUUGAUGGUGCUACUGUACUCGAUGCUGCCAAUGAUCCCUGGAGCGUCUAUUCGAUGGGAGCGCUGGCCAAGAAUCGAAAGUGUACGAUAUCAGCAGUUAUUGCCGCUGUGCCAUGCGCACGAAGUGUUGGUCCAGGUGGAACGCGCCGAUGGCUAAAAGCGGUGGUCUUCGAAGAGGUGGACUGCGUAUUGCACUGCGUACAUGUCCAGUUGUCUUGA